GAGCAAAGGUUCGGAAUGUAAUCAAAAUUUUCAGCACUUUCUGUCUUUAAUAUUCAAUCAUACUGGUAUUUAGAUAACAGAUGAAAUAAAACAAUUUUUGGCUAAUUUAAAAUUAGCCGAUUUACCACCAUCUGUUGCACGCUCAUUCGCACGAGGUAGAAAUGACAACUCACACUGGUGUUGUACUAAUGAACAACCAAUAACAACAACCACACAUACAAAAAUGGAUAAAGCUACUCAUGUUGUUGCUACAAAAACACUAAUUAAUUAUGUUAAUUGUGGUUUUAUGGGUACAAUGAGAUGUAGUCAAUAUAUUACCCGUUAUAGGUGA